AUGUCAGCCGCAGCGCGACCACCUCGCAAACGCGCAGCCACUUCAAGCGAGGACGUCCCAGGACCAUCCAAAGGUCCUCAGAAGAAGACCAGAUUCGUCGAACCGCAGGACGAUCCUGUAAACUUUGCGGAGGAGGUCGACGCUAACCUCGAGACGCGCCAACGAAGGGGGCACGUCAAGACCGAGGGCUACGAGUCUGAUUCCAGUGACGAUGGCGAGGGCGUAGUACCGAGCAGGCGCCCUGGCGCGGACAAGGCAGCUGAGGACGAGGAUGAGGAAUGUUCGCCAUGGGCGGAGGAGAGCGGGAAGAAAGAACAGAAGUUCUUGCGACUAGGGGACAUCGAGGGACAGGAGUUUCACGAGCAAACGUCCGACAGGUCAGAGACCGAAGACGAACCGGUGGACGAGGACGACGCGGAGCAGCGGAAGAAGGCGGAGGGCAAGUUCGCGGAGGACGGGACCUAUGUCCGCACGUUCGACCCACAUGCGGCGCACGAUCGCUGGAUGGAGGGGCUGGAUGAGACGGAGAUCAAGAAGGCGCGACGGAACCACCGGCUGAGGGAGAGGGAGCAGAGGCAGAAGCAGAAGGCCGAGGAGGAGGAGAUGCAGCAGAUGGGAGGCAGACCGGAUAUCGAGAAGCAGCUGGCCGGGAUGCUGAAGAAAGGCGAGACCGUGUUGGAGGCGUUGCAACGUUUCGGUGCGCAGGCGAAGAAUAGCGCAAGUAAGCGCAGUGGGAAGCCCAACAACAAACGGAAGGGCGAUUUCGCAGACUCGAUUCAGACAUACGAGGAACUCGUACGGUCUGUGCGAUCCUCUGGAAACGUGGAUCCGUCUUGGGUGCCACCCUCCGCCGACGUCAAGUUCGAAUACAAGUGGGCUGUGCCUGACAGCUCUGGGCAGGACGGUCAGGUAUUCGGGCCGUUUGGAGAGGAAGAGUUACAGGUUUGGUUCAAGGCGGGGUAUUUUGGUACAGCAGGGGAGAAGGUGCAAGUGAGGAAAGUGAUGGCGACUGGGGAACAUGGGACGAAGCUGUGA